GUUGCAGUUCGUUGUGUGCUAAUUUUCAUUGCAAUUGCGAAUAUUCAAGUAAUUGUAAUUGUGCAACUUUUUGCCAAUAUAUUGCAAUUGGGGCAGGCAACAUACGCACAAGUGAUUGUGAUUGACCGGAAAGUGGCGCCUAAAAUUAGAAGCAAUCUGUGACGACACACGUACGUCCGUGACAUUGAUUCACAUUCAAAGAGGCAGAGAGAAAGCUGCUAGUGUUAACGCACAAUAAAACAAAAAAAAAAAAAACAAAGCAAAAAUAAAACGAGGAAGCGUCGGCGGCCACUGGCGGUAUCAGCUGCUCACUACACGCAAGGCCGCAAGCAAAAAUUUUAUAUUAAUUGCGUCAAAGGAAGGCAUGUGCACAGCCAUAUAGGAAAAUUUCCCGCAUUACAAACAAAAAGAUCGGCCAGAACGGAGCUAACAGCGGAGCAGCAGCAGCGAAUGCAGUGGAAUCUGGAAUCAUUUGAAUAUUGAAAGGCUGUUGAAUUCGCGUUAGAAAUCAGCAUAGAGUUUUCAUUCAAAACGACUUAUUGUGUAAUCAGUUUGAUAGAAAAAAUAACCAGUCAUGUCGAAAUCCACGCCACCAACUGCAGGAAAUGAGCCAGAGAAGAAGAAGACGGCGCCCAAGGCAAUGAAGUAUAUCAUUGGAGGUGCCAGCGGUAUGGGCGCCACCAUGUGUGUGCAACCACUUGAUCUUAUCAAGAAUAGAAUGCAGAUCGCAGGAGCUGGAAGCGGCAAGAAGGAGUUUCGCAACUCUUUCCACUGUAUACAGACGGUAAUCAGUCGGGAGGGACCACUUGCUCUGUACCAGGGUAUUUCGGCAGCUCUGUUGAGGCAAGCAACCUACACCACUGGGCGUCUUGGUAUGUACACUACCCUAAAUGAGGAAUACCGGGAACGUUUUCAACGCGAUCCUAAUGUAAUUGCCAGUAUGGUGAUGGGCACAGCGGCCGGUGCAGUGGGCGCCUUUAUCGGCACGCCGGCUGAGGUGGCCCUAGUGCGAAUGACAUCCGAUGGACGACUGCCGUUGGCGGAGAGACGCAACUAUUCGAAUGUUUUCAAUGCGCUGACACGAAUGACUCGCGAGGAGGGAUUGACGGCACUCUGGCGUGGAUGCGUUCCGACUAUGGGACGUGCCAUGGUUGUGAAUAUGACACAACUGGCCAGCUACUCGCAAUUCAAGACAUACUUCCGCACCGGACCGUUGAAAAUGGACGAGGGCAUCAAAUUGCAUUUCUGCGCCAGUAUGCUAAGCGGUCUGCUGACCACAAUAGCAUCAAUGCCGCUGGACAUUGCUAAGACUCGCAUUCAGAACAUGAAGACGGUCGACGGCAAGCCAGAAUACCGAGGUACCGUGGAUGUGUUGCUCCGUGUCGUACGGCAAGAGGGCGUCUUUUCGCUGUGGAAGGGCUUCACGCCCUACUACUUCCGCCUGGGACCCCACACGGUGUUAACUUUUAUUCUAAUGGAGCAGCUUAACCAGGGAUUCAACAAGUAUGUGCUGGGCGUAGAAAAGCGUGGCUCAGGACUCUAAAGGAUCUUAAGCACAUAUCUCGCUAUUGAACCUUUGAGAUCAUUGAGGUCAUUCUUACAGUUUAACCGCCAAGCUUAACCUGGUUAACCACAGUCAAUGUGUCAACUGCAAAUUCCAAUCACCAACUACGAAGAUAUAAAUCAAAUUAACGACAAUACAAACGAGGAUGAUGGUAUAGGUGUAUAUAUACAUAUAUUUUACUAUUAUAACCAAUGUAGAGCAUUUAAAUGUCGGAAUUCCGGUGAUAAUAUUAGAAAAUUACAUGUUACUGUUGCGUCAGUUUUAUAUGGAUUAAGUGAAGUAUGGAUUCUCAAUAAAGCACAAUAUUUAAAAUGUA